AUGCUCAGCAGGUGGCUUGGGGCUGCUCAGCUGGUCCCUCUCCAGGAGUUAGACAGGGAACCGGGGAAGCGGCCACAGGCCGGCUCUCCCCUCGUGGGGUGUGCGGGCCGAUGCUCGAGGCGGCACUCCUGCCUCCCACUCCCCGCGGCGCUGGCGCCGGGGAGGCCUCCGCUCCCUUUCCGUGUGAAAGAAACCCGCCUGUGUUCCCCCCUCACGGGAGUGUCUGUGAGCACAGCCCAGCGCGGCCCCUCGGGCUGGCUGGAGAAGAGGCCCCUGCCCGUCGCCUCCGGGACGCGGGCUGCCUUGCUGGUGGGUGUUGCACUGUGGGCGCUGCUUGGCGCUCGCCAAGCGAGAGACGUGCCCUGUGUGAAGUUUUCAGAUCAUGAGGAGCGGCUGUCGGGAAGCGAGAAGGAGGAGGAUGAGGACGAUGUUGAGGCUGCCCUGAAGAAGGAGGUUGGCCAGAUCCGCGCCUCGACGGAGCAGAAGCUGCGGCGGUUCCAGUCGGUGGAGAGUGGCGCCAACAACGUGGUCUUCAUUAGAACCCGGGGCAUAGAACCUGAGAACCUGGUGCACCAUAUAUUAAAGGAUAUGCAUGCCACUAAGAAGAAGAAAACAAGAGUCAUUCUGCGCAUGCUGCCCAUUUCUGGAACUUGCAAGGCUUUUAUGGAGGAUAUGAAAAAAUACACGGAAACGUUUUUUGAGCCUUGGUUUAAAGCCCCUAAUAAGGGUACUUUUCAGAUUGUUUACAAAGCUCGUAAUAACAGUCAUAUGAGUAGGGAAGAAGUAAUUAAGGAAUUAGCAGGAAUUGUGGGCAGCCUCAAUCCAGAAAACAAAGUCGAUCUUAAUAACCCACAAUAUACAAUUGUGGUGGAAAUAAUAAAAAAUGUCUGUUGCUUGAGUGUGGUGAGAGACUAUGUUCUGUUCAGAAAAUACAAUCUGCAGGAGGUGGUGAAGAGCAACAAAGAUGACACACAACAAAACCCAUCGAGUCUGACAGAAGAACAGAACUCAAACGUAGUAAAACCAGAAACUGAGGAGGAGAAGAGCUCAAAAGAAGUAAAAGAAGAGAACAAGAAUCAAGUUGAAACAGAAGCUGAGCACAAGGGGAAUGAUGUGCUGACGGUGUAGAAAAUGUGGUAGAAGGGAAAGAUAAACACAAUCAAAACCUAUUAAAAAAAGUUGCCCUAGAGUUCUGACAGGGCGUUUUGAAGAAGAGAGUGGGUUUUGCUUUGAAAUCUUGUUUUCAGAACCCAUGUGUAAGAAUUUUAAUGCCGUUGCAGGUGGAGCUGACAUUACAGCAGAGUCAGAGCGCUCAAGAGUGCAUCACCUUUCUGGUGAAGCUUGCUGUCAUUCUUCCACAGCUUUGUUCUGCAUUGCCUUUACCUAGCACAAAAAGCAUGAGUGUGUGCAUGCAUAUGUAAAUGUGGCCAUCCUGAUGUAUGUUGACUCUCUUGUUACAAUAUCUG